AUGCGCACUCAACCAGUCUUUUCACUCGCGCUAGUCGCAUUUGCUACCACAAUUCUCACCGCCCCCAUCAAAUUUAGUGAAGAUGCGAAGGCCACAAUCGUGGCUGUUGGCCAGGACUUCGGUCAACUUACCGCUCGCGAGGUCGGUGGUCUUGUUGCGCUCGCAGCAGGCGCAGAGUCAAGCCACCAGGGAGCCGAUGCCAGCUCAUUGUUGGGCGAGCUGCCCGCCAGCCACACCGAAAGUCGGAGAGCCAAUGAUGCCGCUUCUUUGCGGCGCUGCUCCCAGCAGGCCAUGGAAAGAGAGAAGAUACAAUGGCUUCGUUGCUGGCAGCACUUCCUGCUGGCCACGAUAAGAGAACAAAUGAUGCAGCAACUUUGCUAG